GAAAAGAAGAUUAAGAGGAUAUUUGCUAGCGGCAAUGAAAUAUCUAUACUGAGUAGACAGCUAGGGAUUGUUUCCAUUGGGUGGAGGGGUCAAGAACGAGAGGGCACUGAUUUAAGCCAAUGGUGACAUGAGGGACAUCUUCUCCAUGCAGUAUAUGGUUCAGAUCUGCAAUACGUGGUGGAGGCAGACUCAGUUGAAGACUUUCAGAAAGAAUUGGGUAAUUAACCUAAAAGAAGAACAUUUGCAAGGUUCUGGGGAAAAGGAUGCAGGAUGGGAUUGGGCUGUUGCUGAGAGCCAGUAUGAAUGUGAUGGGCUGACUGGCAUCUUUCUGUACCGUAGCCAUUCUCUGAUUUGAUGAAAAUUUCAUGUUUAUAUUUUACUUCAAGCUUCCCGAGUCGAUUGUUCUCUUCAGCCUCUACAAUGACUUUAUGAACUUUGCGAAAGAGUUGCACCAGGCCUCUGAAGAGUUGAAGGACAGCCAGGCCAAGGGAGUGUCUGCGCCAACAGAUAAAGUGGCACAGCUCAUCCAGCAGGCCAAGGUUUUGGUACAGAAUCUACCAGUCGCCAACUACAAUGCUCUGGAACACAUCAUUGGGCAUCUCCACAGAGUGACAGAACAAUGUGAAGAAAACAAGAUGUCGUCCAACAACCUGGGAAUAAUCUUUGGCCCCACACUGAUAAGACUUCCAGCUAAUGAAGACACGGCUUCGAUGAUUUCUCUGGUUAACUCUGGGUAUCAGGCUCAGGUUGUAGACUUCCUCAUCAUGCAGUACAAUCAGAUCUUCGAAACUAGACAAGACCUCAAAGCCUGGCCAUCGGAAGUGCCAGCAAACCAAGAGAAGGCGGUCCUGGGCACUGCCAAGGCCAGGAGCAAUUCCUCUGAGAGUCUGGUUUUGAAAAGAAAUUCGAGCGAAGGAUAUGUUUCGGACAAAUCGUCAUCAAAUGAAGCCCUCGAUGAUACAAGGGACCAACGGAGAGAGAGCUCUGGAAGCAGCGACAUGACAGCCUCAGGCCUGGUGGAGACAGCGAGGCGGGUAUCCGAGGAUUCGCACUCUCUGGACGGCCAGGACUGGGAAAGCGACGGCAGCGCUGAACCCACGUUACCGCGAUGCAAUUUCAGCAGGCAGCCAGGCAAGUACCAGCGGUACGGCCAGGCCAAGACACGGGCCAUCAUCCCCAAGCCCUCGGCACUCCCUAUCAUCACAGCCGGCCUGCCCUCAGCAGCUGUGCUGGGGGAUAAGGAGAAUGCCCGGGCUGCCCCCGGUGGCGGCGUGGUGACGGCAGCGGCGGCAGCGGCGGCAGUGACCCCGGACACAGAGAGGAGAGCGGCCGGCUCCAGCCGGAGCUCAUCACCGGACGGCAGCACCCUGCGACGCUCGGGCGGCAAACACAAGCACUUCGAGAUGACCGUAGGCACGGCCCGACUGGUGUCCAAGCUGCAGGACAGAAGGCGGGUGGACGGCAGCAAGGCCCCUGGUGAGGCCGGCGCCGAGGGGGAGAAGGCAAGCCCGGAGUAUCCGGAAGAGGCUGAAGCCCCGGAACGACCGGGAGAGCUGGAGGAUGAACGGCAGCAGCAGCCCAUGGUUAAUGCUGAACUGAACUCAAACCAGUCGAACAAUGUGUGUCGAGAGCACAUGGCAGGGCCGGGAGAGAAGCAGAGGAACAUCGAGAGGAUGUUGCAUGUGUCCCGCCAGCGGCAGAGCAUCGAGGACAGAGCGGUCCACUUCGUGUGAGGGAGGGGGCCAGAGCAGUGGGCGGGGGGGUGGGGGUGGGGGUUGGGGGGGGGGGGGGGGGUAGGGCUUGUCCAGACACAAUUCUAACACCAUCCACUUGUCUGCUGUCACCAUAAUGACUCAUCAGUGACUAACGGCGAGAUAUAUACUAAAGAACACGGAGAGAGAGGCUGCCUGGCACCUUGUCAACAACAUGCAUUUAUAUAGCGCCUUUGACAUAGGCAACAAAAAAAUGGAAAUUGCUGGAAAGGCUCAGCGGGUCUAGCAGAAUCUGGGCAGAGAAAUCACUUUGACGUAGGAUUUGGGCAGGGUAAAGAACACAUAGAGAGGCUGCCUGGUGCUUCAUCAUUUACAUAGGGCCUUUGACAUAGGGUUGGCUGGAGUAAAGAACACAGAGAGGAGCUGCCUGGCAACUCAUCAACGAUAUGCAUUUACAUAGCGCCUUUGACACAGGGAAAUGUUCCAAAGUAAAGCAAACAACUGCAGGUGCUGGGGGAUCUGUGACACAAAAAGAAAUCAGAAAGUGCCAGAGAAACUCAGCCAAUGUGGCAGCAUCUGUAGAGAGACACAAAGACAGAAUUAACGUCUUGAGUCCGAUGAUCCUUGGUCAGUUAUGAUCAAAUCCCACAUCCAGACUCAAAACAUAAACUGUUUUUGUUUCGCUCUCCACAGAUGCUUCCAGACCUGCUGAGUUUCGCCAGCACUUGCUGUUUAUACUGAAGCCAGGGUAGUUAAAAGUACUUCAUGUAUAUUUUGCAAACAGAUUUCUAUCCUAAAAAUCUCCCUGGUGCAAAGUUUUCCAUGUUUUACCUCAAGCUUUUUAUAUAUAUAGUAUAUAUAUAUAUUGCAUUAUUAAGAACUUCAAAGAAGAUUAAAAGAAUUUUGUUAACA